UUGAAGAUUCUAAUUUGAGUAUAUGUACUCGUAUUAAAUGAAAGAGAAGAGAAAAACUUUUUGUCAAACACGAUUUACAUUUUUGUCAAAAUUGAGAUGCCGUUUGGUUUACAUAACCAUAAUACUGCUCCAUCAGUCCAAUCCUCUAUAUUGUGCGUUGUUCGUCUUCCAGUUGAACUGGGAAGUGUAAAUUGUGUUAAGUAAACGAGCCACGCCUCCACUGCCCCCUUGACAGGCCAUACAGCACACAGAUAAUUGACAAUCUUUUGUAGUUUAUAACUUAGCUGGGUCCACUAAUCGCCCGCCAAAUAAGUCAACUCGCAAAACUUGAGCAUAGCUCGAGCAAGUCUUCCAGCUACGACCAAAAUCCAGAGAGAUAAACAUAAGUGAAAGAGCGGAUAAAUAAAAGAGCUGAGGUUAUACAACUGCAGCUAAAAAGAAGUGCCUAACCCAUAAAGUUCAAGCAUAACACACGUUUGUAGGCAGAUGUUCGCAAUCUGUCAGCCAAACAAAUGAUAAGAUAAAAGGAAAGAAGAGACGCGCUAAAGCGUUAAGCAAAGAGCGAAGAGGAGAGAAGAAGAAUUGUGCGCCUGUGAUCUUUGCCUGGAAGCCCAAAACAAAGCCAACAACUCUCUGUAGCAUGAAUGGGGAUUCGUGGAAAUGGAAUUAAUAGUGAUACAACAACUGAACAAAUCGAGCGAAAUUCAUAAGAACAAGGGGGGAGAGGCGACAAGUUCCAGAGGAGCACAGCAAUCGAAUAAUUCGAGCAGACGAACGGACAGAGAGAUUAAAUGCACACAAAGAAGGAGGCCGCGCAGGAUGCGGACCAGACCGGCAGCAGUCUGGAUGAGAGCAGCAGACGCCUACACCAUAUCAGGGACGAACUCGAGCCCGAUCUCGGCGAGCACACAGACACCCAAAGCACUCACAGCAGCACCUCUACGCCGACCACGGCCGAUCUCGAAACUGUCAGCUCUGUGGCCCUAUCGCCGGCCUAUAAUGCGAAGCGAGCCGCCAGCAGCUCCAUCGGACAACUCAUUAAGCGUCAUUCGCAACUAAAAACCCACAAUGCUCUACGUGUUAUUCCAUCAGCCGCAGACGCAGUGGCAGUGGCAGCCACGGGCAUCGAAGAUAAAGACAAUCUCUCCACUUCGAUAGCCACGACCAGCACGACGGCUAGUGGGACUGGCGAAAUGCUGGAUUUGGACAAUGUGGCGACGUCCUCGCGGCAUGCCGCCCAUCCAAGCGCCGCCUUUGCCGAGUCGCUUGUGGGUCCGGCUAGUGGUGCCAUUGUUCCCGGCACACCUACGCACCGGCGCGUCCACUCGGCCACCUCCUACAUCUCGGUACGUUCGUUGGGCGUAUCGCCGAGUGGCCAACAGCAUCAGCCACCUCGCCGAAAUCGUUUCUUUGAAUGGAUCCGCGUCUUCUGCCGCAUGUGCUGUUGCAAGAGCUCCGGCAUUGGGGAACCGAGUGUGCACCAUGCGUUGGUUGUGAUAUUCUUAGAGUUCUUUGCGUGGGGCCUGCUAACUAUGCCCAUAAUAUCGACGCUGAACCAAACAUUUCCAGAUCACACAUUUCUCAUGAACGGCCUCGUAAUGGGCAUCAAAGGCAUAUUAUCAUUCCUGGCAGCGCCGCUAAUUGGGGCGCUAUCAGACAUUUGGGGUCGCAAAUUUUUCCUAUUAGUUACAGUAUUCUUUACAUGCCUUCCCAUUCCACUGAUGUCGAUCAACACCUGGUGGUUCUUUGCUAUGAUCUCAAUUAGUGGUGCGUUCGCCGUCACCUUUUCAGUGGUGUUUGCUUACGUGGCCGAUGUUACGACUGUGGAGGAACGUUCCAAGGCCUAUGGUCUGGCGUCGGCCACAUUUGCCGCUAGCUUGGUCAUAUCUCCUGCGCUGGGCAAUGCCUUAAUGGACAUGUAUGGCGACACCUUAGUGGUGGCGCUAUCCACAGCCAUAGCGGUGCUGGAUGUGCUCUUUAUCUUAGUCGCGGUGCCCGAAAGCUUAUCGGAAAAGAUGCGCCCGGCUACUUGGGGUGCUCCUAUAAGCUGGGAGCAGGCGGAUCCGUUUAUGGCGCUGCGUCGGGUGGGCACCGACAAGACCGUUUUGAUGCUCUGCCUUACCGUUCUGCUGUCCUACCUGCCCGAGGCCGGGGAGUAUUCCUGUAUGUUUGUCUACCUAAAGUUGAAGAUGGGCUUCAACUAUGUGGAGGUAUCCAUAUUCAUAGCAAUAGUCGGCAUUCUGAGCAUAACCGUGCAAGUGACCCUCGGCUCGUUUAUGUCAAUCUUUGGUGCUAAGCGAACAAUUAUUGUGGGUUUGGCUCUGGAAAUGAUACAGAUGCUUUGGUACGGCUUCGGUAGUCAGAAAUGGAUGAUGUGGUCUGCCGGCGUUGUGGCUGCCUUAGGCUCCAUUACGUAUCCCGCAAUCAGCGCGUUUGUCUCCCUUUAUGCAGCACCCGAGAGUCAAGGCGCUGUGCAGGGCAUGAUCACCGGCAUGCGUGGCCUCUGCAACGGACUGGGUCCCGCGGUUUUUGGUGUAAUCUUCUACCUAUUCAAUGUAGACUUAACUGACGAACUCGCCUCAACGCAACGGAACCAUCGCACCACAAAUGUGGAGAGAAUUUCACAGCAUGUGCCCGGCCCGCCAUUUGUGUUCGGAGCCUUGUGCGUUUUCUGCGCAAUAAUUGUGGCGAUAUUUAUACCAGAGAACCAGCAGGCAGCGCUGGAGAAGAAACGGGUCUCGCUUGAUGUGCAGUACGAGAUCGAGUCGGGGCACAAAGCUCCUAGCUCUUUAGCGCCGUUAAUACGAUCCGAUUCGCUUGCACAACUGUAGUCGUGGUCGUCGUCGUCCUUGUCGUCGCUAUCGCCGUCACCUUACCCACAAAACCACACCACAACCACACAGCUAUCGGCCAAGCAGAGUGUUAAGUGUUUAAAAGAUAAAGAGAAACAACCAAUUAAGUAUACUGUAAAAAUAUAAUGUAACUAAUUUUAUUAUUGUAGGAGUUUUUGCUUCAAAUUGUAUACAGCCAGCACAAGUCUAGGAACUACCAGUUUGAUAGCUCCAAUCGAGUUAAUGUUCUCUAGAACUUUAAUCCAUUGUACCGACAGUAGAAUGUCGCCAGAAAACUGAUCUUAGACCUGUCCCUAGAAGCAGUAAGUUAUUGUCUAAAUUCAACCUCAACAAUGAAUUGAUUUAGACCUGAAAUCUGUAAAAACUUGCAUUAGUUUGCUGAAAAGCUGCUGUUAUUGUUAGUUAUUAUUUUUAAACGUACAGUAAUUUAAAUAACAACCACAUACAUAAUUAUAAUUUUGUUAUUUAAUAUUAUAGCUUUGAGCUACCCAUACACAACAAAGAAAUAUCUUCCCAUCUUGGCGGCAGAAUUCGAUGCAUUUUAAUUGGGUUCUGCAACUAUGUUGAGGGGCGAAAUUUGUUUUGUAUGGGGUCCUCAAGUCUGUUAGUCGAAGAAAUUGUUCCAAAGGCAUACUAUAUGUAAAUUUUUUCAAUUUCAAUUAAAAACAUCACAGCUUGCAUCUGAUUGUUGUUAAUCUUGAAGCAAAAAAAAAACACAUUGUCAGGCAAAAUGAUUGUUAAUUGAAAAACUGCCAAACUGACACGCAUGUACAGAUAAUUCUUUCUGGAAAUGUAAAAGUAAAAUUUUUGACCUUAACAUUUUUAAAUUCGUUCUUAGAUUUUUGGAAACAUAAUUAUUGUGUGAACGCACAAGUUUUGGACCGAGUGCUUGUGUUUGAAUUUGUAUAAUAAAUAUAUUUAGUUGCUACAAAACUGUACCAUCUAGGAAUGGAAGAGCAACAGCAAACCAAAAUUAAAUAAACUGAAUACUAAGCUUUACUUGUCAUACUGCAGAUACGCUUUUUCUGCUAACUCUUAAGAAUGAACGAAAUUGUAAAGGUUUUACGACAUGUAGGUUUUGAUAAAACAAAGACAGAGCAAUGGAAUGCCAUUAAUAACAAAACCAAGAAAAAUUUGUUAUAAUGAAAAACUGUGUAAUUUUAGCGUUUUAAACAAAAGUAAAUGAUUUGUUUCAUAAAAAACA